UACUUCUCGCUGCUCUCUCUGCUCUGCUCUGGGUGCGAAAGCUCUUCAAUUUGCCUGCUACAGUACCUAGGUAUCCGUACUGACGUCGAAAGAGGCCAUUCAAGGCCAUUUCUGAUUGGACAUCUCUUGUUUUCCUACCUGACCCUCUUCUCCACCAUUCGUCAACACCCUACUCCUCCAGGUCAUAACCAGCUGAAGCUCUUCCGUCUAGGUGACCUCAUCCAAGACAUCACAAGCCUUAGUUACAGACAUACCACUCGAGCCACUACAAGAAGCCACUUCAACCCGACAACCCACAUUUGCAUCUUUUGCACCUCUGGCCGGUCCUCUUCCUCACCGAUCCCUCGACAACCUACCUACCUACGCGACCUCCUUGCCCUUCCUGGCAGCCUUAGCACGCGACUGCGACCCUUUUACGAGUGUCGGCAAGCUCCCUCUAUAUCUUUCACAAUGGCAGGUCGCGGCCUUUUCAGCCUGGUCUCCCUCAUCCUGGUCGCCGGUGGCCUCCUGUUGAUGUUUUUCAUUCUUCUCGCCGGGGCAGUCGACGGUUCCCCUCUCAACAAAUUUUAUUUCCUCCAAGCAAACACCGGCAACAUACCUGGUGCCCCUACAAUAGCUCGAUGGACGUAUUGGAAUGUCUGUGGUGUCCAGAACGGUCGCACUGUGUGUGGCAACCAAGGUUAUUCAGAUGUACAUCCUGCGUUCCCUCUCGAUCCCGCUUCGCAUAGGAACUUUGACACUACGACGAACGUGCCUCGAAACUUUGUCCGGCACCAUGGCUACUAUUUUUACAUGACUCGAUUCAUGUUUGCCUUUAUGCUGAUCGCCCUCUUCUUCGGCGUCUGCGCUUUGUUCACUGGACUGCUUGCGCUGUGCACCAGAAUCGGCAGCUAUCUCAGCGGAUUGUUGACUAUGAUCGCCAUGUUCUUCCAGGCGAUAAAUGCAGCUCUGAUGACUGCUGCCUAUGUCAAGGGUCGCGACAACUUCCGCAGAAACGGUCAAAGCGCUAAUAUUGGCAAAUACGCUUUUGGGUUUGAAUGGGCGGCUUUGGCCUGUUUCUUCCUCUCCACUAUCCUUUUCUGCAUCGGUGGGGGAGCUCGACGGGACAAGACUUCUUCUAAACGACGAGGAUUUGGUGGAAAGAGAUCCAGGAGCACCAGGAGCCGGGGCAGCUUCGUCCAUGAUAAGGAGUAUGGGGCAUAAUAACGCCAGGUUGAGGGGAAGAUGAGGGAAGAAAGUGUACUGAAGAUGUGGAAGAAGACCACAGCAUUUGUACGGAAGUUCCGGUCAUUUGAUGAUGCCUGUUCAUGACGCUCAUUUCAUGGAGUUUUUGGUGAAGGUUUACCGGAGACCAGCAAGGUCUUCAUGUUGACGACAUGUCAUGCCAGACGCCAGACAAGUACUUAUUGUAUAUUCAUAAUGUCUUUUGAUGCAAGCCAAUGCAUAUGUUCUCAACUAAAAGCAA